GGCCCCGCCCCGCCGCCGCCGACGUGCGGACGGUGGCCGACAGGCCGUGGGGGCGCCGGCUCGCUGGGCGAUGCAGCUGCCGCCCGCGCUGCACGUCCGCCUGGCGGGGGCCGCCGGGGCGGCCGAGCCGCUGCCCGUGGAGCGGGACCCCGCGGCCGGGGCCGCUCCCUUCACCUUCGCGGCGCGCCAGGUGCGCUUCCCACGGGAGCACGAGUUCUUCGAGGACGGGGACGUGCAGCGGCACCUCUACCUCCAGGAUGUGCUUACGCAGGUGGCCGGGGCACCCGAGAGGCCCAGGGUGCCCGAGUUCACCUGUCACGUGGCUGGCUGCUGCCAGGUGUUUGAUGUCCUGGAGGACUACGAGCACCACUACCACACGCUGCACAGGAACGUCUGCUCCUUCUGCAAGCGGGCCUUCCCCUCUGGACACCUGCUGGACACCCACAUUCUGGAGUGGCACGACUCCUUGUUCCAGAUCUUGGCCGAGCGGCAGGACAUGUAUCAGUGCUUGGUGGAGGGCUGCCCAGAGAGGUUCAGAACCAGCAGAGACAGGAAGGAGCACCUGGUGACUGGUCACCUCUACCCCGCAGACUUCCGCUUCGAUAAACCGAGGAAGAGCAAAGGCCCAGCCACGCCCGGGGCCACGCAGGUGCCAGCAGAGGCCCUGGUGGACGAUGGGGUGACGUCGCAAGGAGACGCCAUGGAAGUCUGUUCUGAACACCUGGAGCCCUCUCCAGAACCCUCGGGAGAGAAGCGGGCCUACGGCCACAGGCUGGGGACCUGGCCGCCUGAAACCACAUGGGCAGGGACAGGAGACUUAAGGGGGACGAGCACAUUCCUGCCGCUGGAGACUCCCGGGAGAGGACGAGAGGGUCGUGGGACAGACCAGGCUAUUAGAACCCCCCAUCAAAGAAAAAUUGAAGACAUAAUGGAUGAAAACUCGACUUGGAGUCCCCGUCGUGGCGCAGCAGAAAGGAGUCUGAUUAGCCUCCAUGAGGUUGAGGGUUCGAUCCCUGGCCUCGUUGGGUUAAGGAUCUGGCGUUGCCGUGAGCUGCAGUGUAGAUCACAGACGCGGCUCGGAUCUGGCGUUGCUGUGGUGGUGUAGGCCGGUGGCUACAGCUCCGAUUAGACCCCUAGCCUGGGAACCUCCAUGUGCCACGAGUGCGGCCCUAAAAAGGACAAAAAGACAAAAAUAAAUAAAUAAAAUUAAUAAAAACUCAAAUUUAUUGAAAAACAACCUAUACAUUCAUGAAUUUCAAUGAAUUCCAAAUAGAAUAAAUCCCAGACACAUCAGAAUAACAUGCUAGAAGUCAAAAACAAGAAAAAAUCUGGAAAAUGAGACCAAAACAACACAUUACUUGCAAGGGAACCCCAGUAAAAGUAACUGCUGAAUUCCCACCAGUCGUAAGAGAGGCCAGAAAGCAGCAGGAUGACAGAUUCAAAGCGCUCACGGAAAACUGUCCAGUGUCCUGCGUGGCUCAGCAGGUUAAAGACCCAGCGUUGACACUGUGAGGACUCGGUUGAAUCCUUGGCCUUGCUCAGUGGGUUAAGGAUCUAGCACUGAUGCACGGGGGCUUAGGUCACGGGUGCGGCUCAGAUCCCCUGUUGCUGAGGCUGUGGCAAGGCGGCUGUAGGCUGGCAGCUGCAGCCCCAAUUUGACCCCUAGCCCGGGAACUUCCAUAUGCUGCAGGUGCAGCCCUAAAAGGAAAAAGAAGAAAAAACUACCCGUAACGACCCAUAAAGUUCAGGACCAGAUAGUUUCACCAUUUCUACCAAAUAGUUAAGGAGGAAUUAACGUCGGGAGUUCCCCAGUGGUCUAGCUGUUAGGCUGUGGCCUUUUCACCACUGUGGCCCCGGUUCAAUCCCUGGUCUGGGAAAUGAGCUCCCGCAGCAGGCUGCUGCACGCUAUGGUGGGGGAAAGAAAGAAUUAAAGCCAGUUUUUCAAAAACUCCCUAAAAACCAAGGAGGAGGGAAUACGUCCCAACUCCUUGCCUAUGUCCACGAUCCGUGUGUUACCAAACCAGACAAAGGUAUCAUUAGAGAAAACAUACUCCAAUAUUGCUUGUAAGUAUCGAUGCAAAAAUCCUCCACACACGUUAGCAAACCAAAUGCAGCAACAUAUAAAAAGAAUUCCACACUGUGACUAAGGGGGGGGUUCAUCCCAGGAAUUCUAGAUUGGUUUAACAUCAGAAAAACAAUGAGUAUAACACAUCAUAUCAACAGAAUAAAAAACAAAAAGCACACAAUCAUCUCAGACGAUGCCGAAAAAUCAUUUGACGAGGAGUUCCGUUGUGGCGUUGUGGCGCAGUGGUUAACGAAUCCGACUAGGAACCAUGAGGUUGCAGGUUUGGUCCCUGCCCUUGCUCAGUGGGUUAACGAUCCGGCGUUGCCGUGAGCUGUGGUGUAGGUCGCAGACACUGCUCGGAUCCUGCGUUGCUGUGGCUCUGGCGUAGGCUGGCAGCUACAGCUCCGAUUAGACCCCUAGCCUGGGAACCUCCAUAUGCCGUGGGAGUGGCCCAAAGAAAUAGCAAAAAGACAAAAAAAAAAAUCAUUUGAUGAAAUCCAACACGUUUAUAUGAUAAAAACACUCAGCAAACAAGGGGAGAAGGGAACUUCCUUAGUCUGAUAACGGCAUCUAUGAAAACCCCAGAGCUCACAUCACGCUUAGUGCCGAGUGGCUGGAUGCUUCCAGGAACAAGGCAAGGGUAUGCUCUUGCUGCUUCUGGCCAACAUGGCACUGAGGUCCUGGCCAGGGUAAUGAGGCGAAAAAGAAAAGAAAAAGAAAAAGGAUCUAGAUUGGAAAGGAAGAAACAUUUGAUUUCUAUUCACAGAUGACAUGACCUGGUAUGUGAAAAGUCCUAAGGAGCGCUUUGAAAAAUGAUUAGAACUAAUAAACGAACUCAGGAGUUUGCAGGAUGAAAUACCAAGACACAGGGAGUUCCAUCGAGGCUCAGUGGUUAAUGAAUCUGACUAGGAACCAUGAGGUUGUGGGUUCCAUCCCUGGCCUCGCUCAGUGGGUUAAGGAUCCAGCGUUGCCGUGAGCUAUGGUGUAGGUCGCAGACGUGGCUCGGAUCUGGUGUUGCUGUGGCUGUGCUGCAAGCCGGCAGCUAUAGCUCUAAUUAGACCCCUAGCCUGGGAACCUCCAUAUGUCGUGGGUGCAGCCCUGGAAAAGGCAAAAAAAAAAAAAAAAAAAAAAAGAUCAAUACACAAAAUCAGUUAUCUUUCUACACACUUGCAAUGAACAACCCAAAAAUGGCCUUGAGAAAACAAUCCCAGGCUGCUCUCACCUUCAGAUGAACCAUAUUCUGCCUCCUUUCACUUAAAAAAAAAUAAAACAAUUUUGUUUUGCUCUUUUAAGGGCUGAACCCACAGCAUGUGGAGGUUCCCAGG